AUGGGACUUUCUCCUCCAAGUAGCCUUGGGGCCCGUGGCGCGCGGGCUGCUCAAUCGAGCCACGCCAUGGCUUGGUCUUGCUACGUCUAUUUUCUGGUGGCCACAGUCGCUGCCGUCCCGUCGGCCCGGCGAGAUCACGCAGCAGCUGCUUCCGACAAUGGCGAUGUGCUUUGGUUUUUCGGUGGGAUGGGAGAGACGGAUUACGGAUCGGGUACAUCGCUGCUAGAUGAGUUGUGGAGCUAUGACAUUCACACUGACCACUGGGCGUUACACAGCCAAUUCGAAAGGCCCGGGCCCAUUCCACGUCAGGAGCACGUGGCAGUGUAUGCUGAAGGAGCGAUUUGGGUCCACGGAGGCUGGGCAGGAUCACCUGGAGGACAGCGCAAUGACCUGUGGUCCUACAAUAUAUCCGCUGGGCGCUGGGAUCUGAUGAACAAUCUUGCAGGACCCUGGGCACGUCAUCGCCACGUGGCCGUGUAUGCUUCCGGUAGACUUUGGAUUCACGGCGGAUACGGAAGAACAGAUCUGGGUAGUACAGCGACAAUGGAUGACCUGUGGAGCUAUGACAUUGAUACUGGCAACUGGAGUUUACAAAGUGAAGGAAUGGGACCCUCUCCACGCAUGGACCAUGUCGCGGUAUAUGCUGAAGGAGUGAUUUGGAUCCAUGGUGGCAGCUAUAACGAUGACCUGUGGUCCUACAAUAUAUCUGCUGGGCUCUGGAACCGGAUGGACACUGCCGAAACUGAACGACCCCCGAGUCGGUAUCACCAUGCUAUUGCUUCAGCUGGAGGGCUGAUCUGGAUUCAGGGCGGCUGGAGGCACAGCGAGGCUGGCAUGUUGGACGACGUUUGGUCCUACAAUCCUGAAUCUGGACUUUGGGCUCUGAGAAGCAGCGGCGCCGGAUCGCCCAAACGAACAGGUUAUGCUGCUGUGUAUGCGGCCGGGAAACUAUGGGUUCAUGGAGGCCGACGCCUCAAAGAUGGUAGUUGGGAUCCUGUCCCAUAUCUGAGUGAUUUGUGGAGCUUGGACCUGAGCACGGUCUCUUGGCAAGUAGAACAUGGACACCCGCCGCUUCCACCACAGCUCUCUCUGAUCGUCGGCUUGACUUCCGCAAGCUUGAUAGUUGUCUGUGGCUGGAGUCUUCGUCUCUGUUGGCUUGCUACAUCCAGGCGCACACGAUGGAGCUGUAAGCAGGUGGGUUGCAGAGAGGUUUGCCGCUUUUUCACAGCUCUUGCUAUCGGUGAGAACAUAGAAUGGGGUGUUCUUUAUUUUUGCUUCUUCGCAAACCUGCUCCUUGCGCUUCUACUGUGGCCGUACGUGGUCCCAAAUGUGAUGUCCUGGGGGAGGAUGCUGCCGGAGAGCACUGACGUCGGAAUGCUGACAAACGGUGCUUUGCUUGGCAACUUUCUGUGUUUCGUUGUCUCGGAAAUGUUCUUUCUUGUGUGCUUUGUCUUGGCCAUCUCCGUACACAGAGAUUGGUGCGAGUCCUCCUCACUGUCUCAUCCCCUGUACCUGGGCAGCUUUCUUCUCAAUGCAGACAUUCGGCUGGUGCGGUUGGAGUAUCUGCAGGAGUUGGUAGAGGAAGGGCACGCGCUGCCUCGCAGGCAAGAAGCGGAGCAUGCCACUGUGAAGUCUACGGGUCAGACAGCUCUGGUUUCCCAUUCUGAAAUGCUAGCUUGGGCCAGGAAGAUGGGUCAGUCUCGCACUGGCCACAUGGCAAGCCCCAUCAUUGUCGUCAGCCAUUGCUGGGAGACGCGAGAACAUCCUGAUCCUUGGGGCUACCAGCUGGAGACCAUCGUGAGAUCUUUGCAAAAGUUGCAGCAGCAGGAUGAGUCCUACGAGAUCUUGGGUGUGUUCAUUGACUACUCCAGCCUCUACCAGUUCAAGCGCAAGAGACGGCACGAGGAGGAGAGUUUCAGAGCGGCGAUGGCGCAGAUGUCUGUGCUGUAUGCGCACGAGUGGACUCAGACACUAUGCGUCACAGAUCAGACACCGGAGUCGUACAAGAGCAGUAGAGCCAGCAGCAUCCCCGUUUAUUGUCCAGACGAGGAUGAAGUGCAGGACAGGCCAAUCACCAGCUUGGUGCCAAAUACGACAGACUAUGAACUACGUGGGUGGUGUUUGGCGGAGCUACAAUGGUCAAGUCUUCGAGCUUCAGAGGUAUAUCGGAAACCGCCGCAUUCCAGCAGCGCGUUGCCAAACCAACAUUUGUGGGCGCGCCGGUCCCCGAUGGCACCCUACAAGUUUCGCAGUGAGUUGGCGAAGAGAGAGAUCAAGUUCACACACAGGUCCGAUUUCACACCUCUGAUCGAAGCACAGCAGACGGCAUUCCACGACAAGGCACAACAAUGUGACAGACUCGGAUUCUCCGAUUUGCCGGUCGCUGAGGUGGAGAUUCUUGGAGAGGCUGUGUACUUCUUCCCGAAAGUACACACUCUGAAGCUGGAGCGGUGUGCCGCCAAUGUGGAGGGAUUCAUCCGAAAUCUUUCGUUUAGCACCUCCCUGGAGCAUGUAUACAUGCGCAACGCUGGGAUCGGAGACGCAGAAGCCAAGGUCAUCGCCGGAUUCCUACCAAGUUCCAGGUGGAACACCAUUGGCUUGGCUGACAAUCGCAUUGGGGACGCAGGAGCCGCUGACCUAGCAGGUGCCUUGGAGUUGAUCCACACGCUGAAUAUGGAAGGUCUGGAGCGAACAAGGACUACGAAAGCGAAACGAAAGCCUACGUGGAUGCGGUGGCUUACGUCACCGCCACCAGAGCGGUCUGAGCCGUUCCUGAUGGACCUCAGUGGGAACCGGAUCGGCGAGUCUGGGGUUGCUGCCUUGGAGGCUGCGAACCCCGAGCAGGUAGUGACGCUGAAGAUCGGGGGACAGAGGGUCGGUCAUGCUGCUGGCAGUGAUGGCCACGCGGCGGAUGCUCCUCAGGCUCCGGAGGCCAAAACCUACGUGGCCGUGGCAGUUGCAGAACCUCCUGGCUGCAUCGCUGAUCCGUCUCUGCUGUAG